UUUUCAUUUGCCCGUUUCUGAACGCAGAUUUUUUAUCUGUCGCUGUCGCUUAAUUCGCAAAAGACUUGAUCCCAAACACAGAUAAAAAAUAUAAUUCAUUUCAUUUCGCGUUUCUCGUCUUUUUGUACUUUCCGAAAAGAGAAAACGAGAUAUUUCGGAUUUCUACAAGUGAUUGUAUACUUUAGUUUCCUUCGGGAUUAAUAUUAAAAUAAAUCAACAAUAAAUGUCUAGCAAUAACUAGUGCGACUUUAAGUACGUAAGUGUAAUGAAGGAAGUGAAAAAGUGUCAGAAACUUGUUUCCCUUUGAUGAAAUGACGUGAAAAUACAAUUUCAUAAACAUUUUAGUGGAAAUGUGUUUGUUAUUGUGCGUUUGAUUGUGGAUGUUCGAUCAUGAUGCAGUCAACGUCGGAGGGAUGUAUGAAUAUCGCCGAGCUAGCGAAUCAGCUGAGGCGAGAGAAGAUAUUUAUCAACUCUGAGAGGCAGCUGUUGCAGAAGCUCAAUGAGGAUGUCGAGAAGCGAGCUCUGGAGCUUCUGCAGGUGGCCUGGAUUUGCCUACAGCAGCGCCAGAACCUUACGAAUUUAAUAACAUCAAGAUGUGAUGCUGACUCCAUAGCAUACUGCCAGAGAGCAAGUCACCUUGAAAGAGCGAUUUUUGUGGAUGCCUUUAAAGUCUUAAAGUACAAGGAAGCGACGGCUCUAGGCGAGCUCCUAGGAUGGCUCCGCGAAUCCCCACACCUGGUGUCUCUCUGCCUUCUCCUGGGCGAGGACAAUAUCCCACCAAGUUUGCCAGUUGCGUUGAUGUCUGGACUAUACGGCAGCUGCCGAUCAGCUUCAGACAGGACCCGGUUCCUGGCUGUCAUUAGGUCGCUUAUCAAACACCAAAUGGCACCGUCCAGUGAUCCUAGGAAAUUUUUCCGUACUGGUAAAUGUGCAUUGUCUUCCUUGUAUGCGGUAUACCGUGAUGGACAUACGCCAGCUCGUCAGUUCCUGGUCGCAGUGCUACAGAACCCCGUGAUGGCUGUACUGCAUGAGGACGAGUUCUUCUUAGACAUAGACCCUGAUAAAGCUAUGGAGAGAUUUUCGCCAGCAGACCGUACAAAGAAAUUUGGUCAGCCGAACAGCCAGGAGUACGCAGCGAAGGUAGCUCGAUACCGCAAGUGGACCAUCCAGUCGCUGUACAACCUUACCACCAAGUUCAUCGUGGCCCUCAGAGAGCAUUGGCCCAACUUUCCCUCCACCAUCGCCUGGAUCGUCCAGCAGAUCGUUCAUCUACUUAAACAACAUUCCAGAACAUCAGAGCGUGAGGUGCACGCGAUAUGCACGGACCUUAUAAUGAACCACUUCAUAUGUCCCGCGAUCGUGAACCCUGAAGCUCACGGCGUGGUCGAGGUACCCGUCUCGUACAUCGCCCGCUUCAACCUCAUACAGAUCGCACAGAUCAUACAGAUGCUCUGCUUAGCCAAGUUCCAAGAGGUGGAUGCCAAAGUCCGCGACGUGUACUUGAAGUUCGAGCGUUCCUGUGUAUGGACCCUGAUAGACAACGUGACGAGCGAGGCGUGGUCGUGCGCCCCCACGCCGGCGCAGCCCCACGCUCACGCCGAGACGCCGCGCGUCGCUACCGACGCUUAUCUACACACCACCGUCGCGCUAUUUACGCCUCACGAUGCUCAACUUCUGAUAACGUUCCUGCGUCGUAUAUCUUCGAAGCUGAACAAUAAUACGCCGAGCGUGACGUCAGACGAGCAACCCAGUGGAUCUGCCGUCGCUGAGGCCGCAGCACUAAGCAGUGAAACGAGCAGCGAAAGUUCUAGCAACGGCGAGGCCUGUGCCAGCCGACUUGCGGCCUUAUUACAGACCUCCGAGCCUAACUACCGUAGCAGAUUACACGAUCUGCUCAAGAAGAUGCCUGACCUCUCCAAAUAUAGACCGACCUCCCCACCGGAAUCCAAAGACCCGUCCCCUGUAGAGAACGGUCACUCCAGUAAGAGGAGCAUUCUGGCCAAGGUGCAGAGACCUCGGCUCCCUCGCAGUGCCAGCUCCAACUCGUCGUUAGCGUCCGCGAGUGAGGACAAGCCGGUCAAUGGGAACUGCAAGGAGGACGGCUCGCAGGAACAUGUCGAGGUGCUCGUCAUCAAGCUGGCUAACGUCGAGGAACAGGACUAUAUUGGUCUAGUCCCCGAAUCGAAGGUUCUAGAAUGUUACUACGGCGGGUCGGAGGCAGGCGAUGCGGACGAAAACGGAUCCGCACUCGCCGUAGCGGGGCCCGGCGCACCCGUGCAGAAGCGGACCAGGUUCUCAGUGUCUCAUGACGAAGUGUCCCUGGGUAAUACAUCAGACAACCUGGAGGCGGUGUCCGAGGCCGCCUCCAACCACAGCGUCACCUCCAGUCUCGAGCUGGAGACGGAGGACCAGAACGACAACCUCUCUGAUAUGGUGUCAGCGAACGUGUCAGGUCGCGGCAGCCCCAACAUCUCCGGGCGCGAGACUCCGUCGUCGCAGGUGACGGAGGGCCCGCCCGCGCAGCCCGCCCUACAUCACUCGCACGCCAAGCUACUCAAGCAGACCCGGAACGAUAUCGAGGACAAGUUCUGCAAGUUCGAGAUUAAGAAGCUCCUGGAAGGCGACGAAACGAUCAGCAUAAUGUCAGACACGUGGAGCACGGACGUGCUGGCUUCCGACUCCGAGACCAUCGGGGACUCCUGCGACCAGACGCAGGUCGCCGCCAACAACUGUCAGAGCAGUUGCAACCAGAAUGCGCCGGACGCGUCGGAAACGGCGAGCGAGUCCGCCUGGAGCAUGGACGUACUCGCUUCCGACAGCGACCGGAAUACUGAGGUGGACACGGACGACUGCGUGUCGGUGGCGGCGCGGUCGGACACGUCGUGGCCGCGCCGGCCCUCCACGCACGACGACGCGCCCUGCAGGACCUACUGCCAACAGAACGGCAACGUAAAGCGGCCAGAAGUCAGUAGUCCCCGACAUGCGUCGCGACCGAACUUGGCCAAUAGGUCAGGGUACCUGACGGCGACGGCGGCGCUGUCCCGCGGCGGGGAACUGGACCUGCCCCAUCCGCCCCCUUCACACCACCAGUACAACAUCGAGAACAGGAAGAGCAUACUCGUCAACGGAUACCCGGUGAUGACAUGCUACGCGACGUCGGCCCCGGAGAGCCCCAGUACCAGCGCGCCCGUAGCGCUGCCCGGGGACUUAUUCGACUACGUGCCGCCAAACAAUGGUCCCCAAACCGAGUCAACAUUGGAUGCCAACAGCCAGUCGGACGCUACCAGCCAGUGGGUGGACGACAGUUUCCCCGCGCCCCACCACUCCCCCGAAAGACCUUACCCCUCCACCUCCAAAUACGACCUCCCAUCCACUUCCAAACCUUACCCGGAGAACGACAUGAUGGACCAAUCGCUUAACUCAAGCGAGAGCUCCUUCAACGCGAUGUAUGGCGGCCGAUUCGAUUCCGGUAUCGAUGCUGAGCGAGCGGAAUCCGAAUCGAGAUCAGCGAUCACCGAUUUGAUGACUCGGAUGAGUUCGGCGACUAUAUCUACGUCGGCGAACCUCGUGAACAAUAUCACGUCUAGGAUUGUCAAGUCGGAGAUUCGAACGAGCAUCGUAAGCAUUUCUUCGUCUAAGAUCGAGAAGAAGAGGGAAGGCACGAGUAAUAUGUCGCUGAGUACUCUGUCCGUGAACAGCGCCGAGACAUCGGCCUCGGACAAGAGCUCGAGCCAGGAUGUCAACUCCGACAUAGUGACGGAGCGCCGCGUCAGCCCGCCGCCCAUCAAGAACGUCUCCACCGGCGCCAUACCUAAGAGCAUCAGUUUUGAUGCUACUGCUGAGAAAUCGCAGAGGAGACGUAUAGGCGAGGACGGUUUAGUGGGCAAUCUAGACGAGUUGAAGAAUAACGUGAAGCGGUCCGGUGGUAACCUACUGCAUAAGAUUAAAAUGUUCCGACAGAAAGGACGCUCUCAUACACAUCACAACGACGUAAAACUAGCAGAGGAAGAAGCCAGGAGUGAUGACGGCAGUCGGCCCGAGCUGGCUGCAGGAGAGAGCUCGGAGGAGAUCCUCGCCAAGUACCGGCGCAAGUGCUCCACCGAGUCCACCGGCUCCAAGCACAAGCGCUCGCAGCGACGUAUAUCUGAUGUACCUGAUGCUGAGAUGGAUAGGUCCGAAGGUGUGGUUGACUUAAACGACCCCGAGGUGUUUAACAGUAUGAAGCGCAAGUUGCGCAUCGUUUUAUCCAACCCUGAUUUACACUGCGUUGAGUUCGUGCCUAAUCGGUGUACUAGCACGUCGCUAGUGGAGUGGGUCCGCGCGCUGGGCGCGGGCGCGGGUGGGGGCGCGGGCGGGGGCGCGGGCGCGGAGGCGGGCGCGGCGCACGCGGCGGAGCUGGCGCGCGCCCUCGCCCCCGCCGCGGGGCUGGGGGCGCGCCUGGCCGCCGCCCUGCGUGCCGACCUUGCGGCGCGGCGACCUUACGCCGCCUACCUAGCUUCCUGUCGCGCGCAUCUUGCGCAUACUGACCAUGCGCUCGCCAGACAGAUCGAGCAGACCCGCGCGGAGUGUUGGUGGUGCGGUCGCGCGGCGGGGGCGGCGCGCGCGCUGGACCUGCUGGACCGCGGCGCCGCGCUGCGCAGGCUCGCCAGGAGGCUCCAUGCACAUCCACUGCCGCACGGUGGUGAACUAAUGGAUGAGAAAGCAACAAGACUGACUGCCAGCAUCAAGGCGAUCACAGCCGAAGUGAAGGCAGACCCCUCCUGGGAAGGAGCGAGCCCCACGCUGGUGGAGAGCGUGGAGCUGACGGUGGAGCGCGCCGCCUUCGCGCGCCUCUACCUGCACGUACUCUUCCCCAACGGAGACGGAGACAUCGCGCGAGACCAGGUGUUGUCGGAGCACAUCCGCCGCGUGUCGAGCGUGACGUCAGCGCGGUCGCUGGGCGUCCCGGCGGCGCACCGCUGGGCCGCGCCCUACCCGCGCGCCCAGCGACAUCUCAGGCAUCUCGCCGUCUACCGGACGCCGCGGGACAAGCUGUCGUGUAUAAUGCGGUGCGUGACCUCAAUAAUGGCGGUGCUGGGUCUAACAGAGGGAAGCACGCCCUCCGCCGACGACCUCACGCCUGUACUUGUCUACGUUAUACUCAAGGUGAACCCACCAUCUCUACUAUCGACUAUCGAGUUGGUGAACGCGCUCGGUGGCUCCGCCCUCCAGGGAGAGGCCCUGUACUGGUGGACGCAGUUCUGCGCCGCCGUGGCCUACAUCAAGACUAUGGAUUACCCGCGGCCCGACAACAACGAUACCUAGCCUUUACAUACGCGCCUGAUUUCAGCGCGUGUUCCGGACAUAAAAUUGGAAAUCAUUCGCCGCCGGCGGUGCCACACUGUGUAAGCAAAGAUUACGACACCCUCAUUGUACACGUCGUCAUUAUCAUCUAGUACGGAAUCAUGUAUCUCCAUUCUCCAGUAGUAAUCAAACAUUUAGAUAUUAUUACGCGCAAUUCUGUUCAUUACGGAAAAUGUUAUAUACUCUCUAAUAUAAAUUAACUGCCGGUUUCGGUAAACUGAAUUUCUACAUGGUAAAUAUUUGUUCCUAUGGAAAAUUGCGUUUUACCAAUGUUGACGACCUUGAAGGCAGAUAGUUUUUGUAUUUUCAGUCUGUUUAAAAAAUCAUACAGUUUUCAUAUUCGCAUCGUCUGUUAAUCCUGAUAACAGAAAUUGUUCGUUACUGCAAUUAACUAACAAGUUUGCUUCAAGUGUCUGGUGGUCAUACCAUUUAUAAAAAAAACAAACCAUAGACAUUCUUAUGCAUUUCAUGUUAUAUUAUUGUAAUCCUCGAAUCCUUGCAUUUUAGGUCAAUCUUAUACAAUGUAAACACCAAUAGUGGAUACCAAUUUUAUCUGAAAUCAUUUACCUCUAGAAUUAAAAUAACAAAAAAUAUACUUCGAAUCAAUUCAAUAUCAAUACAAGAUAGUUUACAUUUUCCCCAUGUCAAGUAGGUAUAUGAGACUAGAUUCUCAGUAAAUAAAGUAUAAAAAAGUAAGGGUUUGUUCCAGUAAUGCGUUCUAUGGUAGCGGUAAGAGUAGAAUAUAUCUUUUGGAUGGUAGUCGUAAGGUAUAAAGUGUGCACUCGCAAACAUGUGUUCAAUGUUUCUUCAGUGUUACAGGUUUAUUUAGUUUUCAAUAAUAUUUUCUUACAAUGAAGUUGAAAGUAUUCAUGUUUUUUUUUCAAGUCGAUUUUUAGAACAUAAAUUAUGUUACCUUACAAGUUGGCCGUACAUUUUGUAUGAAUUCAAGUAGGCCUAAAUCACGCGUUUUGAUCGAUUUAUUUUUUAUUAUUCUUUACGUUAAUUGUUGUUUCAAUUUUAUGUACAAUCUGUUUGUAAGAGUUGUAUGUAAAGUUGUGACAUUAUUUAAAUAAUUAUGAUUGUAAUGUUGAGUUCCUGUUGUAUUGUUACUGCUGAUAUUCGUACGAUUGCGCUCUUAGUAACUUACGAACCUUUAAAAUGUAAUGCGUACAUAUUUAUUUUAAAUCCAGCUUCGUAAAAUUAUGCACUGUUCGAAUUACAAAUGUAUUUGACAAAAUAGUCGAGUAAGUACGCAAUAUCACCACUGGCAAUACACACGGUCGUAUAUAAGGUUUGUUAUUAUAUUUUAUUCCCAUGUGUACCUGUUCACGACGGUUGGGUCUCUGCCGAUCCUCUUGCGCACUGUUACCUAGUACCUACGACAUCUCGAUUGGUCUGUGAUUCUAGAGUUGGAUAUUAAAUACUCGAAAAUGUGUAUUUUUGAAAUUGAUAGUAGGUACUGAAAGGUGUGAUAACAUGAUAAGUAAUAAAAUUAUGAAUAUCGAAAAUAAGAGGCGAUUUUAAUAAAAUAAUUUAUUGGAAGUGUACAUUUGAUAGAAUAGAUAUCGUGUAACUUAGAUCCAAGUAAUGAUAUCGUGGCGGGUUAACUCGCCAGUUUAAGCUAGCGACCAUUGUAAUCAUUGAUAAACCCCGAAAUCAAUUUCAUCAACCCUCAUACUAGUAUUGUUGUAAGUUAAGUUUUAUUCGUUGUCUAAGCACCGGUUUACUUCGCACCCCGAUUAAAAAGACACUAUUUUUGAACUAAUCUAGUAUAUAACUGAAUCUUACCUAACAGUUGUACCUAUAUGUAUAAUCGACUAGUUGGUCCGUGUAUCGAUUAAUUAAAAAUCUCAAGCUUCUUUUAGUACUGCCGACUCUAAAUAUGCAGAUAAUUAAUUGUCAAUUAACUUAUUUUUUAUGAUUAUCAUUUAUUUUUAGUUUUUAUGAAGACAUCAAAUUCAACUAAAAAUUGUUGAGACUAUUUGGAUAUUUAGAGUUGGCGUAAUUAGGAAACUUCGAAUAUAGGUAGUAGUUAUGAAGAUGCGUGAACGAUAACUGGAAUACUUCAUGCGGCAAACACACGAUAAGCGUCAAGACUGGAACAGCACUGCAUCUUCACGCAUCGUCGUAACCUGAGCACUUAAACUGUCCAAAUAGCUUUCUAAUCUCUUGCCUAGGUAGUCAGCAGACUUUAGAGUAUCUACUAACAGCUGUAAGGCUACGUGGUUUGUAAACAUGUACCUAAUGUAAUCAGAGCAAUGAAAUUAUAUUUAGCAAUAAUAAUCUUGUAUUUUAUUUCAUAAGCCCGUUGUUUCCCGAAUCCGCGAA